AUGGGUUGGGUUUAUAAUGCCACCCCCGAAGUCGAGGCCUCAUCGCAGUACCGUCUGAUCCUGGGAGUAUGUUUAAGUUUGACCAUGCUGAUGGUGGUGACCGUCUCCUUGCGACUUUAUGUUCGGGCUCAGUCAGGUCGACUGGCUGCGGCGGACUGGGUGAUGGCUGGGAGUAUGAUAUUUAGUAUCAUCUAUAGCGCGCUGUGCAUUUCUCAAAGUCGAUAUGGCCUCGGGUUGCCACUGAGGGAUCGACCUAAGCUGGAUUUCCCAACCUACAGCAAGAUCAACUACGCAGGGCGACCUUUUUACCAAAUCGGUAUUGCAGGCUUCAAGGCUUCGCUUUGUCUUAGCUAUCUACGCCUAAUCUCUGGAACCUCCAAGCACACUUAUCGAAUUAUUAUUUGGAUUGUGAUCGCUCUCUGUACGCUGGGGCAUAUUGCUGGGGCCCUUGUCCUAAUCUUCAAUUGCAGACCGGUUCGACGAGCAUGGAACAAUCACGUUGAGGGCACCUGCCUUCCAGUCGGGGCGACAUUCUACGGUCUCGCAAUCUUCACCAUCAUUUUCGAUGUCCUGAUUAUUCUGUUACCAAUCCCACUCCUUCUCGGCCUGAACAUCAAGACUGCGCAAAAGGCAGGUGUGGUGUGUCUUUUCCUCCUCGGUCUAUUUACAACAAUCUGCUCCAUCCUGCGACUUACACAAAUCCAACGCGUGGCGUUUGGAGACGGUAACUCGACAAUGCUGGUGUUGUGGGGCACAAUUGAAUUCAACGUGGGAAAUAUUGUCACUUGCGCUCCCUACUUAGCACCUCUGCUCAAGGGCUUUGUGCGAGAUUUCCGAUCUAGUAGCGGGAGAACCAAGGGAAACUAUUAUGACAGCCGAGGCAGAAGUUAUGCAAUGGAAAACUGGUCGAAAGACGGGCGCUCUCAGCUGCAGUCAAACGUGUCUGGCCCAGCUCCUCCCAAACGGACCCCAAGCGAGGAGCUGAUCUUGUCAAGCCAGGAUCGAGACCACGGAGGUAUUGAAAUGACCGUGGAAUACAGUGUCUCAUUGGAAAACAGGUCGACGAAAGGGGCCUGA